AUGCUGGAAAACCAGGGAAAAGACUCCUGUGUGAUGAUCGCCGUUAUGCAAUUCCACUCCUGACGGUGACGCCCACCGCCGCGUGCCCACUGCCGCGUGCCUGUUCACGGCCGGUCAGGAAUGUUCGUGUGUGAGCUGCAUUGAUAACACGGGUGUGUGAGUUGUGUUGGUGACAUGUGGGACAUCGAUAUGGAGUAACAACAGUGCCGACAAUGGAAACACCGUGAGGGAAAUACAUCAUAAUGGCAGACCCAGAAGUGUCAGGACAAAGUGGGGGGUAUGAUGUGGACAUGUUUGUGGACCCCCCAGACUACGAUCUGAUCUGCACUAUUUGCCAAGGAGUCCUCAGAUGUCCAGUGAGAGCUGCUUGCCACCACAUUUUCUGCAAGAAAUGCAUCCUACAGUGGCUAAAAAGACAGGAGACCUGCCCUUGCUGCAGAAAACCCGUCAAUCCAAGUUUGAUUUUUGUCAUGUUCAAGCUCAGCAAAUCCAUCGGUCGCAUGAAGAUCAAGUGUACAAAUGAGAUUCGAGGCUGUGAAGAGACGUUCUCCCUCUCAGAGCAGUAUUGCCAUAGCUUGACCUGUCUGUAUGAGCUCAUCCCCUGCCCAUACCAAGGCUGCAGGGCGCAGCUUCUCCGCAGAGAUCUGGGGACUCACGCACGCCACUGCGAGCACUGGAGUCAGCCCUGCAGCAUGGGCUGUGGUACGAUACUCUCCCACCGCAACCAGGCUGACCACAACUGCUACAGGCAGCUGAGACAAGAGUACGAAGCCAAACAGAGGAACCACAGGGCAAUCGCUGCAGCACUACAGAGGAAGAUGAAGAGGAUGCAAAGCACAAUGGCUCAUAUGAAAAGACAGCUGGGGCUCAUCUGUGAGAGCCUGGAGGGGAUGGAUGAUCUGCAUGAGGUGGAGGGGGAUGAGCAAGGUGAGAGCAGUAGCAGUUCUCAUGGGACUCCAAGUGGCAACAGGAAUUACUGAGGAGGAACCUUGCAAUUCAUGUCAGCCUGCUAUUGCAUUUCUCCACUGAAGGUGUGUUUUAAUUAAAAAUAAUUUUUUUUCAAAAUGAGUGAAUUUGCUGAUGUAUUUAAUAUUUUAUUUUGUAAAUAAAGUGU